AUGAUUGGAGUUGGGACAGCAGUUGCAAGCAAUUCAAUUGAUGACUUGGAAGAAAAGCUAGCAGCUGGCGGCAGCGGGUGCUGUCGCUGCGACGGCAAGGGAAGGAGCCGGCGCGAGGCAGCUGUGAGCCGGCGCUGUGACCCAAGGGCAGCGCAGCUGGGCCAGCUCAGCCCGGGGCGGGGGCACGCAGCCCGCAUCCCCUUGGGGCGGGCGAAGGAGGGCAUCUCCCGCUGCGCUGCAGCCCGGGGGCUCUCCCGGGACUGGGGUGCAGGCAGCCCUGGCCGGCCCUGUGCUGGGAUUUCUCCUGGCCGCAAGGAGUUGUCUGCCCGUCAGCCUAAAGCUAGCGAAGCUGCUGCCUCCUCCUUCACGGUGACUUCUGAAAUGCGCUGUGCGCCGGAGAAUGGUUUUAAUCCUAUGUGUGGAGAGGUCUUUCCUGCCCGGAGGUUGCAUCAACAAUUUGAAAGCUAUAAAGAGCAAGUAAGAAAGAUAGGGGAAGAAGCCCGCCGUUACCAGGGAGAGCACAAGGAUGAUGCUCCAACAUGUGGAAUCUGUCAUAAAACAAAGUUUGCAGAUGGUUGUGGCCAUUUAUGCUCUUAUUGCCGGACCAAGUUUUGUGCUCGAUGUGGAGGUCGUGUCUCUCUGCGAUCAAACAAUGAGGACAAAGUGUACAGGAAUACUGUUCCUACUCAUUGUGGAUCACAUUCAACAGUACCUGUAAGAGUUAUGUGGGUAUGCAAUUUAUGUCGAAAGCAACAAGAAAUCCUAACGAAAUCUGGAGCAUGGUUUUUUGGAAGUGGACCGCAGCCGUCACCCAGCCAGGACGGAACGCUGAGUGAUACAGCGACUGGUGGAAGCUCGGAUGCACCGAGAGAAAAGAAAGCAAGACUUCAAGAGCGAUCGAGAUCACAGACUCCCUUAAGUACAGCAACUGCCUCUUCACAGGAAAUCUCUUCUUCCAGCGUGCAGUCUGACCGGAGGAAAGGAGCAGAAGUGUCGCAGCCGGCUAUGGGCCUGGACCAAAAGCAAGUUUCCUCAAGGUCUAGAAGUGAACCAAGGGAGAGGAAGAAGACGAUAUUGGUUUCAGACCAGAAUGGCAAAGGCUUAAAGAGUGAGCGUAAGCGUGUGCCAAAAUCCUCACUUCAAAAAGGACCAGCAGAUGACAGGGAGCGUAAAGAACGGCAUGAAGGUAGAAGGCUGGAGAAAGGCAAGUCACAGGACUACCCAGACUUGCCAGAGAAACUUGAGGAAGGCAAAGUGCCUGAUGAUGAAAAACAAAGGAAGGAAGAUGAAUAUCAUACUCGUUACAGGAGUGACCCCAAUCUGGCAAGAUAUCCUGUAAAACCGCAUCCUGAGGAACAGCAGAUGCGCAUGCAUGCAAAGGUUUCUAAAGCACGGCAUGAGAGAAGACACAGUGAUGUAGCUUUGCCACAUACAGAAAUGGAGGAAGCGGAGGUACCUGAGAAUAAAUUAGGAAAACGCUCACAAUUACAGGGAACUCAGGACAGAAAAUCUCUUGUGGAAACUCAGAGGUCGUACUCUAUAGACAGAACAGGUGAUGUAAGAGUUUCUGUUUCUAAACAAUUAACUAAUCAUAGCCCACCAACUCUCAGGCAUAGUCCAGUUCCUAUAGAACACGUAGAAUACAAGAACCACGAUUCCUUUAAAAAACAGAGCCGCCUUGAUCCUAGCUCUGCUAUUCUCAUGCGAAAAGCAAAGCGGGAGAAAAUGGAGACCAUGCUAAGGAAUGAUUCCCUUAGCUCUGACCAGUCGGAAUCAGUGCGGCCAUCCCCUCCAAAGCCUCAUAGAGCAAAAAGAGGCGGAAAGAAAAGGCAGAUGUCAGUUAGUAGCUCAGAGGAAGAAGGGGCAUCAACACCAGAAUAUACUAGCUGUGAAGAUGUGGAGAUAGAAAGUGAAAGUGUCAGUGAAAAAGGUGACUUGGAUUAUUACUGGCUGGAUCCUGCCACGUGGCACAGCAGGGAGACAUCCCCCAUUAGUUCGCAUCCAGUAACGUGGCAGCCUUCUAAAGAGGGAGAUCGCUUAAUUGGGCGUGUUAUUCUUAACAAGCGAACAACCAUGCCAAAAGAAUCAGGUGCAUUAUUGGGCCUAAAAGUUGUUGGAGGAAAAAUGACAGAAUUAGGACGACUUGGUGCCUUCAUUACCAAAGUGAAGAAAGGUAGCUUGGCUGAUGUGGUGGGGCAUCUCAGAGCAGGGGAUGAAGUUCUAGAAUGGAAUGGUAAACCCUUGCCUGGAGCUACAAAUGAAGAAGUUUACAACAUUAUUUUAGAAUCAAAAUCAGAACCUCAAGUUGAAAUUAUUGUUUCAAGGCCUAUUGGUGAUAUUCCACGGAUUCCUGAGACUUCUCACCCCCCGUUAGAGUCUAGUUCAAGUUCUUUUGAAUCUCAGAAGAUGGAAAGGCCUUCUAUUUCUGUUAUAUCUCCGACCAGCCCUGGAGCCCUAAGGGAUGCACCACAAGUCCUACCAGGGCAGCUUUCUGUUAAACUGUGGUAUGACAAAGUGGGACAUCAGUUAAUAGUAAAUGUUCUGCAAGCAACAGAUUUGCCACCAAGAGUAGAUGGACGCCCCAGGAAUCCCUAUGUAAAAAUGUAUUUUCUUCCAGACAGAAGUGAUAAAAGUAAAAGGAGGACCAAAACAGUAAAGAAAAGUCUAGAGCCAAAAUGGAACCAAACUUUUCUCUACUCACAUGUACAUCGUAGAGAUUUUAGAGAACGAAUGCUUGAAAUAACCGUAUGGGAUCAGCCAAGAGUACAAGAAGAGGAGAGUGAAUUUCUUGGAGAGAUUCUUAUAGAGCUGGAGACAGCACUUUUAGAUGAUGAACCACAUUGGUAUAAGCUACAGACACAUGAUGAAUCUUCACUACCUCUGCCUCAGCCAUCACCUUUCAUGCCAAGAAGACAUGUUCAUGGUGGAGAAAGCACUAGCAAAAAAUUACAAAGAUCUCGGCCAAUCAGUGAUAGUGACAUCUCAGAUUAUGAUGUUGAUGAUGGUAUUGGAGUUGUUCCUCCAGUAGGUUAUAGAUCUAGUACUAGAGAAAGUAAAUCUACAACGCUAACUGUGCCAGAACAGCAAAGAACAACACAUCAUCGUUCACGAUCUGUAUCUCCUCACCGUGGCGACGAUCAGGGCAGGACCCGUUCACGUUUACCAAAUGUGCCAUUACAGAGGAGUUUAGAUGAAAUUCAUCAAAUGAGAAGAUCACGAUCUCCAACUAGACACCAUGAUGCCUCCAGAACUCCAGUUGAUUACAGAUCCAGAGACAUGGAUAGUCAGUAUUUGUCUGAUCAAGAAAGUGAGCUUCUUAUGCUGCCCAGAGCAAAACGAGGAAGAAGUGCAGAGUGCCUACAUACCAUCAGCACAACUCUUCCUGCAUGUGCUAAGACCAAAUCAGUGAUUAGACAGGAUAUUUCACUCCUUCGUGAUUGCCUUAAUUCACAAAUACCGAAAUUUGGAGAUGACCUACUGGCUAGUGAACUACAGCCCUCCCUUGACAGGGCUAGGAGUGCUAGUACCAACUGCUUGAGACCAGAUACUAGUUUGCAUUCACCAGAACGAGAAAGCGGUAGAUGGUCCCCCUCCCUAGAGAGGAGACGACCUACUAGUCCCAGGAUUCAUAUCCAGCAUGCAUCUCCGGAGGAUGACAGGCAGUCCAGAAAAGUGGAAAGAUAUAGCAGCCAAAAACAAACUAGGAAAGGCUCCGCAACUGAAACAGAAAGGGGUCUGCCACCAUGUCUUUCUAGAAGGGGACUUCCAACCCCACGAACGACUGAACAGCCAGUCAUUAGGGGAAAACAUCACACUCGCUCAAGGUCGAGUGAGCACUCUAGUAUCAGACCCUUAUGCUCUGUACAUCACCGAGCGCCCGGAGGGUCGGCACCACCUUCUCCACUUCUGACAAGAAUACAUCAACAAGGAAGUCCCACACAGUCUCCUCCUGCAGACACAUCCUUCAGCAGUCGCAGGGGAAGACAGCUACCGCAAGUUCCAGUAAGAAGUGGCAGUAUAGAGCAAGAGCAAGAGACUUUUAACUCUUCCACAAAAGCAAGCUUAGUAGUGGAGGAGCGAACGAGACAGAUGAAAAUGAAAGUGCACCGUUAUAAUCAGACAUCAGGGUCUGGUUCUAGCCAAGAACAUGAGCGUGAGCAAUAUACCAAGUAUAAUAUACAAACAGAUCAGUACAGAAGUUGUGAUAACGUCUCUGCCAAAUCAUCAGAUAGUGAUGUCAGUGAUGUGUCAGCCAUUUCCCGAACCAGCAGUGCCUCACGCCUCAGCAGCACAAGUUUUAUGUCAGAGCAAUCUGAACGCCCUCGGGGCAGAAUCAGUACAUUUACUCCUAAAAUGCAAGGCAGACGGAUGGGGACUUCAGGGAGAAUCACUAAGAGCACAAGUGUGAGCGGAGAGAUGUAUAAGCUGGAGCACAAUGAUGGGAGUCAGUCGGACACGGCUGUCGGCACGGUUGGAACAGGUGGGAAGAAAAGGCGUUCCAGCCUUAGUGCCAAAGUGGUUGCCAUAGUGUCUCGAAGGAGCAGAAGCACAUCUCAACUUAGCCAAACAG